AUGAAUAAUUUCAAUGGAGGUAAUAGAAAGGAAUCAAUUGCUUCAUGUAGGUCAGAUCAAAGUGAUUUUAAUAAGUAGAUCAUUUAGAGAAUGAAAAAAUCUAAGCUUAAGAUAAACAAAAAUUAAAGUGAAUAAGCUUAAUCAGGCUUAUCUCUUGCUGAAAAAUUUGACAAUAUUUGGGAGUAUAUUAAGUUCUAAUCAAACUUAAGUACUAGUCAUAUUUAAAAAAGUUAAUAAUAGGAAUAAUCAGAGGGAGUGUAUUUUAAACUUAAAUAAAAAAUUCCAAUUUAACAAGAAGUUGAUAGUCUUGUGGCAUAAAAAUCUAAAUAGCUUUAGGUCUUUUCAAACAUCAUUUAGAAUAAGGAUAACUCAUUUGUAGUAACCACUAUCAGAGAUAUGUCUCAUUGGAUUGAACUUGAGAGGCAAAAAAAUUUAACAGUAGCAAAAACUUUAGCAUUUGCUUCAGCUGCUCAUGAAUUCAGAAACCCACUAGGAGCAAUAAUAAAUUCACUUGAUCUAAUGAAAGACUCCUUAGAUAUGUAAAAAGCUGAAAAAUUCUAUCUAACUGCUAAAAAUUGUUCGAAUUUAAUGCUGUAUUUAGUGAAUGACAUUCUUGAUUAUAGCUAAAUAGAGACAAAGUCUCUUGUACUAAACGUAGACUAAAUCAAUGUUAAAAUUUUCUUAGAAGAAUGCAUUUCAAUACUCUAAUUUCGAGCUGAUCUUAAAAGAAUAUUACUUUGCUAUCAACUUGAAAGUGGGUUUCCUGACACAAUACAAUCAGAUGAAAACAGAUUAAGAUAAAUUUUACUUAAUCUAAUCUCAAAUGCUAUAAAAUAUACAAAUUAAGGUUUUGUGAGAAUAAACUGUUUCAUUCUGAAAAAUUAACUUUAAGAUAAAGUAGCUAGAUUAUGUUUUGAAGUUGAAGAUUCUGGAGUUGGGAUUGAAAAAAUAGAUUAAUAAAGACUUUUUCAAGCAUAUUGCAAGAACUUUAAAAACCGUUAUCUCAACAAGUAAGGAUGCGGCUUAGGAUUAACUAUUAGCAAAAAUCUCGCUCUUGCCUUAAAUGGAGACAUAAAUGUAACCUCUGAGAUUGAUAAAGGUUCUAAAUUUACUCUAAUGCUUCCUAUUUACAAACAAUCUAAUAUUGAACAAGAAUUUGUCUACAAGAAAGGGUUAGCCAAUAAAAAGCGAACUCUAUAAAUAGAAUAUGUUCAUAGGCAGCACCCUUACAUUAAUAAAGAGACGAAGAAAUAGAAAAAUUCUUUCAUUAAAUAUGGAAUGGAAUAAGAUCUUUCAAUUGAUUUUGAGACGCCUUAAAUUUCAGAAAUCAAUAAUUAUGAUUUAGAUCAUGAUAUCAAUCAAACAAGUUAUUCAAACUAAAAUUAGCAUUAGCUACACAAGAAUAUUGGGGGCUAUUUGAGAAACUAAAAGAAAAUGAAAUUAAUCUACCGAUAAAGAAGUAACUCAAUCUCUUCUCAUAAAGAUCUUACAGAUCUUGAUCAAGAAUAAGAGUCAUUGAAUUUGAGUGAUGAAGAAAGUAAGAUAGCCCAAGUAGAAAUCUGUAAUUGUGCGAAAAUUCUCGUUGUAGAUGAUGAUCCAUUUAAUAUAAUUGCUCUUGAAGGAAUGCUUAAUUAGCUAGGUAUUGUAAAGAUAGAAAAACUAUUCAAUGGCAAAGAUGCUAUUAAUCAUCUGGUAAAAGUUUUUGAGAGUACAAAUUAACAGAAAUUUGAAUUAUAAAAUAAAACAUGCAAUAAUCACUAGCCUUACAAGUUGAUUUUAUUAGAUAAUUAAAUGCCAUUUAAAACAGGGAUCUAAGUUGCUUAAGAGUUAAAGUCAAUGUACGGAGAUCUAAUAGAAUAAUUAAAUAUCAAGCUAGCAAUGAUAUCAGGUGAUGGUGAUUUAUUGUAAAACCAUAUUUACUAGGAGACUUUUGAUUAUCUAUUAUAAAAACCUCUAUCUGUUUCUAGGCUAAGACAGAUAAUAGUUGAAAAUGGGUUAUUGUGA